GCGCGAUGACUCGUCUCUAUGUGUGCGAGUUUGGUCCGGAUUGAUUCAAGAGUGGAUUUUCCUAUACGAUUCAUUAAAAAAAUGGAUCCACCACUGCACUCUACUGCAACUACUGUACCAGCAAAUAAUUUUUCCUUAAUUGCUCGCCGUCUUCUUCUCAACAAAGAGAGUUUGCCGGCUGAAGAGCUAAACAACCUUGUUCGGGAGGAAUACGCCUGUCGAGACGCAGACUAA